UUUUAAGGCGUCCCUGAGGCGUCGCUUAGGCGACGCUUUGGCGUCAGGGCGCCCCCAGAUGACAAGGCGUCGUACUCGCCUUAGUUUAUUGAGUAAGGCGUCCGCCUUGGACUGUAGGGCGUCUGAAUCGUCCGCCUUAGCCCCGCCUUGCACGCCUUGGCCCAAAUCAGACGCUCUGGUUUGUCAGGCAGGGGAAACAGAGAUUCCAGCGGGAAAAACUGGCCCACGCGGGAACACAAGCGCGGGAAAUAUUGGCCCACGCGCGAACAGUUACAAGGAGGGGAAAGAGAGAGAGAGAGAGAAUCGAACCAAUCGUGCAAAUCCUAGUCUCCACGCGAGAGGUCUCUCUCCUGUUUCCUCUGGCGGCGGCUUCCUCCUCAGAUCUGCGCCAGCUUCCUCUCCGGCUGCAGCUCCUCCCCCUCCCCCUCUCCAGUUGCAGCUCCUCCCUCUUCUCCUCUGGCGCAACCCUCUUCCACCAGACCAGCACCAGAACAAGUGUUGCUGCAGUAGCCACUGGUCAGGUGUCCCUGCUCUGAUGAAUCCUAGGAGAAGAGCUAGAUCUGACGAUCCAGCUUGGAAGUAUGGGCUUUGGCCAGAUUUAGAGAGGAAAGAUUUACUACAGUGUACAUUAUGUGGCAAGAUAAUCCAUGCUGGAGUGAAAAGGCUGAAGCAGCACCUUUCUGGGGGUUCCAGUGAUGCGGAUAAGUGUCCCGAGGCAUCCAUGGAGGUUAGGAUAGAGAUGCGCAAUUCCUUAAACAGUGGAAAGUUUAAAGCUACAGAGCGAUAUAUUGAUGAGGAGGAUGAAGCUGAAGUUCAAAGGCGCCGUUCUGUCAUGUACACAAGAUAAUUUGAGGCCUAUGCUUUGGUAACAGUUUAUAUGUUAAUGCUAGUUGUUAAAUCUCCUAAUUGACUGCCAUCUAUUAUAUAUGUAUGUACAAUUUAUUAAGUUAAUGCUAGUUGUUAAAUCUCCUAAUUGGCUGUCAUAUAUUAUAUAUGCAUACGUCUAAGGCGUCGCCUCGCCUUAC